CAGCAGCACUACCCGCCCUGGGGCCUGGACCGCAUCGACAAGUUUUCGUCCGUCGAUUACAAGUAUGGUUGCCACGCGGACAGCCUCGGUCAUGGCAAGGGGGUGAGCGUCUACGUCAUCGACACGGGCAUCAGGUACACCCACGAGGACUUCGAGGGGCGAGCCUUCCCCGCACUCUCGUACAAGACCGGCAGCAUGGAGGUCUGCGCCAAGACGGACUUCACGUGCGCCAGCGACGACAACGGCCACGGCACCCACUGCGCGGCGCUGGUGGCCGGCAAGAAGUACGGCGUCGCCAAGGAGGCCACCGUCUACGGCGUCAGGGUCAUGGACGCGGAUGGCCACAUAUCGAUGAAUUGGGUCUGCCAGUCGGUCGAUUGGAUCGUGGAGAAAGCCAAAAGGCCGACCGUCGUCAGCAUCAGCCUCCAGAGCACGGGCAACUACCUGCCCAUCCUGGAAGCGCUCACGAGGGCCACGGACGACGGCAUCCCCGUCGUCGUAGCCGCCGGCAACAAUGGGAACACCGACGUACCAGAAGCUUGCGAUUAUUCCCCG